UCCAGCAGUCCGGCGUCCUUUGCUGCUGAUUUUUUUUCCUUUUUUUAGCUUUUUACCUGCUGUUAGUGCUUGGAUAAUGAGUCAAUUUGAUAUAUACCUACUGUUAGUGCUUGGAUAUAUACAUAUUGUUAGUUUUUUUAGUUUUUUUACCUACUGUUAGUGCUUGGAUAUAUAAUAAGUCAAUUUGGUGCUUCGAUAUAUAUACUGUUAGUGCUUGGAUGGUGCUUCGAUAUAUAUACUGUUAGUGCUUGGAUAUUUUACCUUGUUCUUCCUGAAUGUCGAAUGCAAGGAAUAGCACUACAGCAGCUUUAGUUUUUCAUCACGAAAAAGUAAAGAAAGUUUCAUAGCGAAAUAUGGUGUGGUGUGUGCACAGGAGAAGGGACUAGAGAGCAUUGGCAAGACCCAAAUUUUACUCGUUCUUUCUCUAGGCGGGGAUGAUGGUGGUGGCAGGGAUGAUGGUGGUGGCGGGGGUGAUGGUGGUGGCGGGGAGGGGGUUGGCAACAAGGGGUGGCUGCGUGAUAACGCAAAGGUACCAAAGCAGAUUUCUGCUACCGAGGAGCAGAAAUGGCUCAUCGAGCCCACGGGGAAAGACAACUGGAUAUAUCCUAAAGGGGCCCGUAUUCCCAACGGCCUCAUCACCGUCUUGCUGAAGGUAUACUGGCCGGGGCUGUACUGUCCGGAUCCAGUCAGGCACCUGGACCGCCUGGUUUUGGCCACGAGCUGGGACCACUUGGUAGCGGCCCCCCACGCGGACUAUGAGACCCAUGCUAAGGCCGUGAUCACUAAUUUUUGGAAAUACUAUCGAGUUUUCCGGAGCACAAGGCCAUUCCCGACCAGAUCGUCCUUUGCCAAGCCAAGAGUAAGCCCCGCCAGAUGCAGCACGAGGUGCGCUGGGUGGCCAUCUCGACAAACUAUCACGACGCUCUUGGUGUGAAUAUGACCAAGGAAGAAGCGCGGAGGACGGACAUUACCUUGGAGAGGCACGAGUACUUGGCGGUGUGUCCAAAUUGGUGUUAUGGAAAAGACGAGUCCUGGGCAGCAUUGGUGGAUUUGUGGUGUGAUGAGGAUGGAGCUUGGGCGGCUACGAGCAUCAAAAACAAGGCUAACCGAGGGAGGGAGGGAGUACAUGCUCAGGGAAACCGAAAUCACUUUCUUCACAAGACACUUGAGGAGGAGAAACUGAAGCAGCCGCUCUCACACAUGGAGGCGUGGGAGAUCGCCCAUACACGGAGGAAGCCCAAGCCUGGCGAGGCCAAGUACUACGGCAAGACCGCGGAGUAUAAGAAGGCCUACUCCGAGGGGUAUCUGAGUUUACAUCCUGGCACACCUGACCCCAUUGCGGCGGAUCUGGAUGAGAGGGUGGUGGUGGGCAUGGGGCCCAAGAAGCAUGGUCGGCAGCCGAUUCUGGAUGUUGUGAUCACUCCUUCUAUCUCCUACACACAGCUCCGAGCUACCAACCCGAGCUUGUGCCUGCGCACGAGCACGCCCAUGACCAGUGCGCAGUCACAGUCACUACUAGGAAAAGGCUAAUUAGUGGCGCACCUGUUUUGGCCAUUAAUGGUGCACUACAGGUGCGCCACUAUCAUCACGCCACUAUUAACUAAUACUAAUGGCGCACCCCUGGUGCGCCAUUAGUAUACCAGACAAUAGUGGCGCA